UAUUUUAUAACCAAACUUAAGUCUAUCCUAACCUAAUUUCUCGACUUCAAAACGCUUGUACAUACGCAGUGACGAGAAAUCAGAGAAAAAUCGCAGAAAUGACUAGUUCAAAGGAUUUAAAUUUGGCUAGGAAGACUCUCGUGGCAUCACUCGGCGAAAACGCAAAAUUAUAUUUCGAGAAGAUGAAGCUGUGGUUCCAAAUGAAGACUACAAAAGAAGAAUUUGAUUCUGAGGCUCGUAAUCUCAUGACAGAUGAUCAAGUUCACUUGCAUAACGAGUUCCUGCUGUGUCUCUUUAAUAAAGUUCGCGGAUUAGCCGCCGUUACGCCAACCAAGGUAGAUAGGGAUAAAGUUUCAAAAGAGAGAAGACUAAGGCUGAAACGCAAAUACAAGACUGAUAAAUCAAACUUUGAGCCAGCGGACAUGUAUGUAGAGGUAUUGGGUCAAGCCUCAUCGCCGGUCGGAGACGAACCUAUAGGCGCUAAUCGCUCUAGCGCCCAAGAACUUGUAUUGCCAGAUCGCACUUUUGUAUUAGCUCGAUUAAUGCUCGCGGCAUGGGAAAAUAAUAUGGACGGAGCUGAAGAGAAUACCGCGCAUAUUGUUAUAGCGGCAACGCAAAUUUUCUUGAAAAAUAUACUUACUGCAAUUUUCACACGUAGAAAAGGAUACGCUGUUCGAGAGGGCUCUUUUAUUUAUAAUAUAGGAGAACCAGUACCUAGCUCGUGGAAAAGAAAUUCCAUGUACAUAAAUCCAUUCACGUCCGGACCGACAGAAGUAAUAGAACCUUAUGGCCAAAUCCCUGCGUCGAAAUCAAGCUUUGAAGAAGCCGAACAAGCUACUGCUUUUUCAUACGCUUGUUCCACGCAAACCACUCGUCUACCGUUAAAACCAGUAAGCACGGCUGAUUUGCAGUAUGCAUUAAAGAUUUAUAAAAAUCUUGUUAGCAAUCACACCAUAUACGCUACAAAUAUGGAGCGAUUAUACACAUAUGCCACUCAUCCAACGUGGGAAGAUUUGGAGGCAAAAAAGUUAUUAUGUCAACCGUCAAUAUAAAGAAUUUUCGAUAUGGUCCUAGUAUU